UUAAAGAUUGAAAUUGCAAUUGCAUUUCAUAUGAAUAUAAAAUACAAUUUCCACAAAUCUCGUCAAAUAAUUUUACUCAAAAUGAUGGAUCCACCUCCCCAGGAACCACCUUCCGCGUUGUCUCCACCUCUCAACCCGGAAACUAAGACUCAAGCAAAUAUUCGUCUAACUCAGCUAUUUCUAGACAGACUUAAAAAAUUUACUAUUUUAGCCUUUAUAACUUUAAUGAUCUGCUCUUUCGCCUAUGGCAUCACUGGAAUCAUUUUAUGGCUCCAAUGGCCAGAGCUUAAUCAAUUGACGAAUAUGUACUCUGCAUUUUUUGGCUUUGUCGUCGCCACCGUGCUAAAUAUUAUCGCAUGUGUUUGUGGACUUUCGACUUUCUCAGAAAACGAAGGAAAUCGAAUGGAUCCAGGUCACUCCACCGCGGUAUGCAUGCUUCUCGUGGGCAACAUUUUUUUCACACUCCUGUCUCCCACAUGCGGUCUGAUGCCACGUGAAAUUGACAGUCGAAAAAGAAUGUUACUGGUUCCCAUUCUAGAUUGUUACAGUCUCAAACAAGACUUGAAGGACAUUUCUGUGCCUGAAUGUGACCAUUAUGAAGACGCAGCACUUUGUCUCUACCUUAUGUACCCCUUAAUUCUGGUGGAAUUGAUCGUCCUUAUUUCAUAUGGUUAUCUCAAACGUCAACAACAGAAGGAGUUUGAUGAUAAUGAGGACACGUUAAAUUCGUACAAUGGCGAUGAGGACGACGAUGAUGACGAUACAGUGAUGAAUAAGAUUAUUGGAGAAGAAAGCAAUGCUCCCCUGAUCACCUCUGGGGACAUUGUAACAAUUAUUCCGACGCAAUGUCCAGUCCAGCUAAAAACAAAACAUGGGGUUUCACAGAUCUACUGGGCCCCCGGCCCAGUGGCGACGAUGGGAAGACCAGAAGGUCCAGUUAUCAAGACUCAAAGCGCUCCGACGGUGGAGAAAAGAAAAGUAUAAUGAGAGGGAUAACUAUGUGCAUAUAAUAUGAUCGUUAUUAUUUGACAGACUGUGGUAGUUAGCUGCAAGUUUAGGGCUACUUGCUUAUCAUUCUUCAUCGGGUUUAUAUAAAAUUGAAUAAAAUCAGUCGCACAACUACUAUUAAAGCUCGUUUCCCAGGGUGUUAAAAAACAAGGCAGUCUAUCCUGUGGCGUCUAAUCAAUAUUAGUUUUUCAUGAAAACACUAAUGCAUACUACUACAUUUCUUUGGCCAACGCUCUUGCAUUUUACUUUUUACACGGAUUUAUCCAUAUUCUCAAAAUAUGUCGUAUGACGACGAUGAUGACGACGAGGAAGGAGGAAUUGAAAUUCAGGAAACCUCAACACCAAAGAUGAAUCAAUUUCUUCACGACGUUAGUGAUUGGUUAUUGAUUGCAACCAUUGUCUUCCUACUGGUGUAUGUAAUCCUCUAUCUAUUUUACGAAAUCGCCCUCGGAAUGGCACACAUUCGCUGGGUCUAUGGCGCCUUCAUGUUAGUUUGCCUUGUCGAUAUUGUAAUGUAUUUUAUCAUAAGGUUUGCAGUCGUAGGGGGCGAGACGACAUGGUGUUUAGUUUAUUUGGUGAGGACUAUAUUUUUUUCCUAUUAGUUUUUCACAUCAUGUUAAUUAAUGCUAUUUUAUUUUCUAGGCAGGUCUCAUUUUUGUCGCUGAUUUCUUCGUAAAUGUCGUUGCCCCAGCUUGUGUUCUAAUUUCCUACCAACUCACACUAGAACAUCCAAGUUCGGGGUCAUCCUCACCUGUUGAAGGAAGUUCUGAUACGGUCCCUGAAGAUUGUACUGAAGCUCCUGGGAUUAAGUGCGGAGUUGUGAGAUCAAUUAGAACAUCGAUCUGGUGCAUGUAUCUACUUCUUUUGCCGAGACCACUAAUUAUUUAUGGAAUUGUUACUAUUGUUCGAAAACGUCGACG